ACCGCCGCCGUGGCCGCCUCACCCGCCGCUGUCACGGCGCCCGCCACCAGCAAGCUAGUACAAACGACGAUGACUGGCGUGGACUUUCGGGAGCUGGAGAGCCAGGCGGCGUCCAACGACGAGGCGCGGCGCGACAAGAUAGAGGAGAUGGGUCGGACGAACGAGGAGCUCCGGCGUCAGCUGAAUGCCCAGCAGAAGCUGGUCGAACAGAACAAGUCCAAUCUGGACAAGUGUGUGGACAUGGUGAAAAAACUGCUCAUCGAAAAGAGCAAAAUCGAGAAGAAGGAGUGCCGCCAGAAGUGCAUGCAGAACCGGCUGCGACUGGGCCAGUUUGUGACGCAGCGGGUUGGGGCCAGCUUCCAGGAGAACUGGACGGACGGCUACGCAUUCCAGGAGCUGACCAAGAGGAUGGAGGACCUGUCCGCCUCCCGGGAGGAGCUCGACCGCCAGAAGAAGCUGCUGGCCAAGCGGAAGCCGACGAGCGCCGAGAGCGCGCGGAAGCGCGGCGGCGGCGCCGGCACGGCCCAGCAGAACGGCGGCGAGUUCGUGCGGCCCGAGGACCCCGGCCGUCUCAGCGGCCAGGAGUAUUACGAGGCGGACGAAAUCAUCAAGCUGCGGCAGGCCUCGCUCAAGAAGGAGGACACGGACCUGACGCUGGAGAUGGAGAAGCUGGAGCGUGAGCGCAACCUGCACAUCCGCGAGCUGAAGCGCAUCCACAACGAGGACCAGUCGCGCUUCAACAACCACGUGGUGCUGCACGACCGCUACCUCUUCAUCCAGCUGCUGGGCAAGGGCGGCUUCUCCGAGGUGCACAAGGCGUUCGACCUCAAGAAGCAGCGGUACGUGGCGUGUAAGGUGCACCAGCUGAACAAGGACUGGAAGGACGACAAGAAAGCCAACUACAUCAAGCACGCACUUCGGGAGUACAACAUUCACCGGACGCUGAAUCACCCGCGGGUGGUGGAGCACUACGACGCUUUUGAGAUCGACUCCAACUCGUUCUGCACGGUCAUGGAGUACUGCUCGGGCCACGAUCUCGACUUCUACCUGAAGCAGCACAAGGUGAUCGGCGAGCGGGAGGCGCGCUCCAUCAUCAUGCAGGUGGUGUCGGCGCUCAAGUACCUCAACAGCAUCCACCCGCCGGUCAUCCACUACGACCUGAAGCCCGGUAACAUUCUGCUGGUGGACGGCGACGUUCUGGGCGAGGUGAAGAUCACCGACUUCGGGCUCAGCAAGGUGAUGGACGACGACAACUACAACCCCGAGCACGGCAUGGACCUGACCUCGCAGGGCGCCGGCACCUACUGGUACCUGCCGCCCGAGUGUUUCGUCGUCGGCAAGAACCCGCCCAAGAUCUCCAGCAAGGUGGACGUCUGGAGCGUGGGCAUCAUCUUCUACCAGUGUCUGUACGGCAAGAAGCCGUUCGGCCACAACCAAUCUCAGGCAACCAUCCUAGAGGAGAACAUCAUUCUGAAGGCCAAGGACGUGCACUUCCCCAACAAACCCACCGUGAACUCGGAAGCCAAGGCGUUCAUCCGCUGCUGCCUGCAGUACCGCAAGGAGGAGCGGUACUGCGUGCGUUCGCUCGCCGAACACCCGUACCUGCAGCCGGCGGCCGGCAAGCGACAGAGCGGCGGCGGCGGCGUGGCCGCUGCUGCCGCGGCCGCUGCCGCCUCCUCCACCUCCACCCCCUCGCAGACGGCCUCGAGCGUGCAGACGGCGGCCGGCAACUCCAACAACUCUGGCGGCGCCGGUGUGGUCAGCACCUCGUCCAACUCGUAGCGAGGCCCGGCGGCCCGCCGCGCGCGGGCGCCCCCCUGUGCUGUGACUUCAGUGUGAUAUGGACGGCCGCGGCGUGCGCAGCGUCGGAAGGGGCGGCCGACGCUCGGCGGAAGCUCCGCCGGGGAAAGUACGUAAUUUACUCAUUAUUUAACGCGUGUGCGCGGCGGCGGCCGCGGCGUCGUAUGCAAUGUACAGACUGGCGGCCGAUUCGGCCCAGACCUUGUUGUGUUUCAGUCAAAUAUAUCAAAAUUGUUUGU